AACUAAUCAGCUUAUUUUUAAAUUUCAGAUAAAUAUGCCUAACACUGAUGAAUUAAUUCAUGCUCUCAAAUGUGCCACAGACCAAAACCCUGCCGUUCUGAAACCGGCUGAAGAUUGGUUACAAUCACAUGAAUGUGAUGAAACAUUUUAUAUUAUACUAAGCCAAAUAGCUCAUACAACUGGUAUUGAGUGGACUGUCCGGUGGAUUGCAGUUGUUUAUUUAAAAAAUGGGAUUGAUAAGUACUGGAGAUCAUAUGCAUCUGGAUCUAUCACAUCUGAAAAUAAAGCUAAGAUUAAAUCUAAUUUACUUCAAUGCAUGGAAGAACCUAUUAAUCAAAUAGCAGUUCAGUCUGCAGUUGUCAUCGCCAAGAUUGCAAGAUUUGAUUAUCCCGGUGAAUGGAACGACUUGAUCCCUAUUUUAAUGCUUGGAAUAUCAUCAUCGAAAAAUUUGCUCCAUCAAAGUAGAUGUAUCCUGACGUUGAAACAUGUGUUAAAAAUGAUUUCCUCAAAGCGUUUGCCUCAUGCUAAAAAAGUAUUUCAUGAUUUAUGUAAAUCAAUAUUUCAAGAUGUAUUUCAGUAUUGGAUGACUAAUCAUUCUUCUACCAAAGCUGCGAUCCUUGACUCACAGAAACUAGAUAUUUCAGUUGUUAAAAAUUUAACUGAUAAUCUUUGCUCAUUGACUAAGAUGGUUCGAUAUAUGAUUCAGGAAUAUAAUAUGGAAAGCAUUGAAAUAUUAUUGAAUAGUAUUUUGAAGAAUCUUUUUGAAACUAUUGAAAUGCUGAAAUCAUGUAUAAGUUCUUUGGAUAUUCAUGAAAAUUGUUUUAAAACUGCGAUAUCUAUUGUUAAAAUGUUGCAGUCAUUAUUGCUAAUUGGUACAGAGUCAUAUCAGCUGGGUGCGCAAAGAGUUAUGGGUGUUCUUUGUAAUCAAAUCCAUACAUAUAUACUGGAAUCUCAUUCUUCGAAUGAUGACAAUGGGAGAAAGUUUAUAGUGAAAUGCAUGAACACUUGUAAAUGUAUAUUGGACAACUCCUCAUUCAUCGAAACAUUUUCAAGUGAUAGACCAGAAACAAAUAACAUUGCAGCUCAACUUGAAAAGCUAUUCCAUUUUCUUGUGUUGCGAUAUCUUCCUCUUGGAGAGGAGGAUUUGGCAUUCUGGGAAGAAGACGCUGAAAACUUUUGUAAUGAAGAAGUUGGAGAAUGUUGGAAAUUCAACUUGAGGCCAUCUGCUGAAAUACUUGCAUUAACACUAUUGAAAAAAUUUCCAGAUAUUUUAGUUCCUUCACUUUUGAGCAUGCUUCGAGCCAUACAAGACAUUGAUAUUCACAGUGUAUCGACAGCAAUUUCUGAGAAUAAUCCAAUUCUUCAAUCUUUGUUUGACGGUUGUUCAUCACCCCUUGAAUGUAUGCUCAGAAAGGAGGCUGUGUAUUACAUGAUAGGCCUUGGAGUAUAUGAGGUGCUGGAUAUCAUAAAUUUUGAGGAAUGGCUGGUUAAUAAAUUGCUACCGGAAAUCAAAUCCAUACAGUCAGACAGCCAUAGUAAACUUCUACAUAGGCGUGUGUUGUGGCUCAUUUCACAAUGGGCUGAAGUGAAACCGUCUGAUGAACUACGUCCAAUUUUGUAUGGAUUUGUCGUGUCUUCAUUGAAUAGAACAUUUGAUAUGGCAGUACGGUUAACUGCUUCAUCAACAAUACAAUUUUUACUCGACGAUUUUGAGUUUGAUAUUUCCCUGUUUAAAGAACACCAAGAUUCUUGUUUUGAGGGACUGUAUAACUUAUUAAGUGACGCUGAAAAUUGUGAUACCAAAAUGAGAGUUUUGAAUGUUUUCGCUUUCCUCAUUGAACGAUUGGGUUCUCUUGUGUUACCUUAUGAGCAGAAAAUUUCUAACAUCAUCCCACCUAUAUGGGAGCAUGCAGUUAGAGAUAAUCAUGAUAUGCUUAAAUGUGCAAUCAUGAGCACAAUGUCCCAAUUUAUUUAUGCACUGAAAGAAAACAGUUCAUCUGUAAGCCAUCUUACAUUACCCCUUGUUCAAGAAAGUACAGACUUAAACAAUAAAAGUCAUAUUUAUCUUUUAGAAGAUGGUCUGGAUCUAUGGCUUGCUGCUUUGCAAAAUUGUGGGGAACCGAAUGCAGGAUUGUUUAAUAUUUUUCCCAAUGUCCUGGGUCUUCUGGAAUACAGUUCAGAGACGAUAAAAACAUGUUUUCUCAUAAUUGAAGCUUAUGUAAUACUAUUCCGAGAUAAUCUGAUUGCAAAGUAUGGUUCUAUAAUCGGAAAAAGCUUUAUUAAUAUUGCUACUGAUGUAAGGAAUGAAUGCUUAGUGCUAAUGAGCAAUUUAGUUCUUACUGUUUUUCAAGUCAUGCCAAAGGAUGCAACUCUACCAUGCAUGCAAUACUGUAAAGAUAUUAUAAGGAAUAGUUUUCAUGAGAAAGAUUCCAUCUUACUGUCAGCUAAUUUAACUCUUGUUGCACAUAUUUUGCUUGUAAACCCUGGUCAAUUUUGGCAGCUCAUUCAAUUAAUAAGCACUGAAAGUGGUGAAAAUUUUGCUGAAGUGGCCCAAGGUUUUCUUAAAGUUUGGUGUGAAAAUAUGGAUGCCAUUGUUGAUAUCGACAAGAAGAAAUUAUCAGCUUUAGCAUUGAUAUCUACUUUGUCUGCACUGACCGAUUUUCCAUUUAUUGCUGAAUGUUUUGCAGACAUUGUUUGCGUGCUGGUUCAAGUUUUGUAUGAUGUGUGUGAUGAGCAUCGAGUAGACUCACUUGUUAAUGAUGCAGAUCAAGAUGUUUUUGAGACUAAACAAGAACAGGAAGAAUGUGCACACGAUAAGCGAAAAAGACUUUUGCGAAAGUCUAGCAUUGUUACUAAUACAUCGUUACCACAAUUUGCUUCACAAAAAUUUAACUUUCUAAAAGUCAGUUUUGCUGAACAGUUUUUCAUAAAUUUAAUGUCGACCGUUGAUUCACAAACUGUUAGUGAAUUGCGAUCAUUUUUGUCUUAAAAAUUUAUACCGUAAUCAUGCUGUUUGCGAACGACAUUUAUUACAAAAGUCAGUGAAAUGGUAUGUUUUACAGUUAUUAUUUUUUGGUAAGUCACUGCCAAUGAAUGUUUUACAAUCACAGCAUGUCGAAUAAUCGCAACACUGCCUUCAACGCCACCUUUUCGACAGACCUUUUGUCAUGUAUGUAUGUUUAUUCGUCUCGCAAAAUAAAAGAAUUAGUAAUUAUAAAUACUGAAGACUGGAUGUAUGCACAAGACCAUACUGGCCUAAAACACGAAUAUUCGCCAUACACACCCUUUUGAUAUGUAUAAAUUAUAAUACGGUAAAUCAAAUACUGCCAGGCCAAUGGCAAAUCGUCGACAGGUUGCAACAUAAAAUUCUUUAUGUGACAAACACCUAUGCAUAGUCUGAAUGCGUGAUUGUUUCUAAACCUCAAAAAAGUUCUAAUUUUUUUACUUAAUCAGUUACAACGGCUAUAGUUAUUUAUAGUACAUAUCCACUCUUAACCUUGUGUAUAGGCGUUGGAGUAGACGCGUAACGAUUUUGUUCUGCACUCUUGAUAAUACAUAAAGGGCGAUUUUAGGUCGACAAGGAAAUGGCUGUUUCGAUAUCAAUAAAAUAUUUCCUUUUUA